ACGAACGGGGUUACGUUAGGAAGUCGGCAGGUUCGUAAGUUGCAACACAAUAAUGUAACGGAUUUAAAUGUCCAUGCGGUCAGUGCUAAGAAAUGCGUUUUGGUUAAACACAAAAGGGAAGCAUUGUUAAACUCAUAAAUAAGAAAUGUAGUACAUCUGCAUGUAACACUGUGAUAAAAUACUGUCGAUGUAUAAUUAAAGACCUUCAGGAAAAAACCUUAAAAUCCGUAAUUUUUCCAUUUUAAGGUCCCCAAAUCUCGAUUUGCGACGAUCUGUGCUCCCAUCAACGAGAUAAUGAGCGCUUUAUUUUCUGGCAGCGCAAGCUCACAGCACCUCGCGGUCGUAGGCGUCAGGUUCAGACCACACGUGGAAAACACGUCGAAGAGGGAACCGCAAAAGACGAACACCCAAGCGAAAAACUUUCCGCUCAACGCCAAGAUGGGGAAGUUGGAAGGCCGAAUUUUGGCAUAAAACGGCACACGAGGAAGUGAGGGCCGAGCAGUUGGAGAAGAGGCUGUCGAGAGCGGUCUCCCUGGGCAUGGCCGGGUCGUGCUGUUGGUCACGUGCCGCCUGUCUCGUCGCUCUGUGGGCUGCUGUCGUGAGCAAUGCCGACCCAAAAUACGUAGAUGAUGCCAAAGCGAAGUAUCAUCAAACUAUCCUGCUGCCCUGUCGGACAGAAUGCCAUGGACCUGUUAUCGUUGAUCGAUGGAAUAUAGACAUUAAUGGUGUAUUUCAAGACUUUGAACAUUUGCAUGACAAAAACAUUGGCAAAACCAAAUACAUUGACAACAAAAACGCUUCCCUGACCAUUCAAAAUCCUGAGUGGGAAGGAAUGAGAUGGUACAGAUGUUACUGGUCAUGUCAAAAUCAAGACUCUCUUAACAUGUAUUCUGAUAUAUCUAUUUUUCUAAUCAAAGAUGUUAAGACGAACAACAUUAUCGGUGCUAAAGUUGGUGAAAAGAUCUCGAUUCCCUGCCGAGGCAAUUCUGAAAGCAGAAUCACUGAAAGCGUUGAAUGGCACUUUGCUCUACCAGGACAACCAUACUACCCCGUCAACAUGGUCAGUGGAAGAAAACACUCCAUCGAUAAUAACAAAUCACUGCUCAUUCACAAUCUCCAGAAGAAAGAUGCAGGAUUUUACCUGUGUGAGCUGAAGAAUGUCAAGGAUUUCUACGAGACGAAAGUCAACAUAAUCCGAGGACCAUCUGGGGUGGACCUCACCCCGGUGUACAAUCGCUGUCUCGGUGGUCGUGUGCAUAGCGAUCGCGUGCGGGGCUGCCUGCUACGCCCGGAAGCAAUGGAAGAUCGGGGUCCGUGUCACCGUUCGCAAAGCCACUGCUCACACGUAGACAUCUCAAUGCAUCAUUGCAGGUGGCACGGAGGUAGCGACAGAGGCUGCCAAUCAUCCCAGCUUGGCCCGGAACAGUCUUUUGGCGUUCUCUGGCCAUAAAAAAAUGCUGUCUCUAGUGUAGGUCACGCAGUUUCAAAGAGAAUACGUAUAUUUUCAGAUAAUGUUUGUUUGCAAGUUCACAACAAGUGCUUUGUGUGGUUAAUGCAGACUUGAUUACGUGCAAAAGUAUGUAUUUGGUAUUCAGAUAUUAUAACACCUUCUGGUAACACCUGUUCUUAUUUU